AUGUCCAAUGUGUCGGAAGAGAGAAGCACUAGACAACAGGACAUUAAGAAAGGACUUCAGUUUAUAGAAUCUACUUUGCCCUAUCCAGGGACACAAGAACAAUAUGAGUUAUUUAUACGAGAGCUUGUUAGAAAUCUUUUUAAUGAAGGGAAUGAUGUAUAUCGAGAAGGUGACUGGAGAGGAUCACUGAGUCACUAUACAGAAGCUAUAAACAUAGCUGAUUAUGCUAAUUCUGAAGAAAUCCAUGUUUCUGAUGAUAUUUUAGAGAAGCUUCACGUGAACAGGAUAGCAUGUUUUUCAAAUAUGUUGCCAUUAAGGUUGAACGAAAACAAUUUCAGAGCUCUCUAUCGGAAAGCAAAAGCUUUGAAUGAACUGGGAAGGUAUAAGAAGGCUUAUGAUGCUGUAGCAAAAUGUUCUCUUGCUGUGCCGCAGGAUGAAAGUGUGAUUAAGCUUACCCAAGAACUAGCUCAAAAACUAGGGUUAAAAAUAAGGAAAGCAUAUGUAAGAGCAAAGGUAAGAUUUUAUUUUAACACUACGCUGGGUUUUCCCUCUUUCGAUAAUUUUAAUUAUUCUUCUAUAGAAGAUAUUGAGUUAGAUUUAUCUGACCAGAAGCAAGAGAUGGUUUCUGCUGCUUCAUCAAACUUUGUUUCUGAAGUGUCUAAAGUGUCAUCAGUACCUGUACCAUCUUUAUCUUCUGUUAUGCCUCUUCAAGUGGAAAAAGUUUCCUUGCCUUCUACAGUGCUGGCAAAUGGAGGGAAUGUUUCUUUCUCUAUGCCAGAAGCAUGUUUAGAUUGUGGAGAUGGAGAUAUAAUUAUUGGGGAAGAACUUGAUGAAUUACUUGAUUCUGUGCCUGAUCCAGAUGAAAGUGUAAUGCAAACUACAGGAGCCAGAGGACCUAUUCCUGCAGGAAGUGUAGCUCCUAGCGUACCUUUCUCUGCCUCUUUGUUGGGGACGCUGCCAGUUAGUGCAGGAUUUGUUCCUUCACCUUCUCUUUCCAAAAUCUAUUCACAGCCCUUGGCUUCUUCACUGGAAAAUUUUUGUUCACCAUUAAGCACCUUUUCAAUCAGUGACCCAAAAAGAGACCUUUCAAGUUCAGCUUCUAGAGAUGGAACACCAACACUUAGCAGCAAUAAUUCCCCAUUGUUUAUAAAUGGCCCUAGUAGUUUGUUUGGGUCCGAAAAUUACAUGGGAAUUGCAGGCCAAACUAGAAAUGACUUUUCAAAUGUUUUUAGCAGUGCAGCUGCUAAUAUACCUGUAUCUUCAGCACUUGCGGGAAGAAACCCAUUAGAAGGCACACAUGAGCUAAGACAGGCUUGCCAGUUAUGUUUUGUCAAAAAAGGUCCUAAAUUGUUGGAUUAUGCUUACCAUCCCAGUUUAGAACAUAAAUGUAAGAAGGAUAUUCUAAUUGGCAGAAUAAAAAACUCUGAAGAUAAAUCAUGGAAAAAAAUACGACCAAGACCAACAAAGACACAGUAUGUGGGACCAUAUUAUAUAUGUAAAGAUGUCGCUGCUGAAGAGGAAUGCAGAUAUCCAGGUCACUGCACAUUUGCAUAUUGCCAAGAGGAGAUUGAUGUGUGGACACUGGAGCGCAAAGGAGCCUUUAGUCGAGAAGCUCUUUUUGGAGGAAAUGGAAAGAUCAACUUGACGGUGUCCCGACUUCUUCAAGAACAUCAUGGAUUAUUUAUGUUUCUUUGUGAGAAAUGUUUUGAUCACAAACCCAGAAUAAUAAGCAAAAGGAACAAGGAUAAUUCAUCUUCUUGUUCUCACCCUGCUAUGCAUGACUUUGAAGAUAACAAGUGCCUUGUCCACAUUUUGCGAGAAACUAUGGUGAAAUAUUCCAAAAUCCGCCCUUUUCAAGUUCGAUGUCAGCUUGACCUGUGCAGACAUGAGGUGCAUUAUGGCUGCUUACGAGAGGAUAAAUGCUUUUAUGCUCACAGUCUGGUAGAGCUUAAAGUUUGGAUAAUGCAAAAGGAAACAGGUAUUUCACAUGAUACUAUCGUUCAAGAGUCAAAGAAGUACUGGCAGAACAUGGAAGCUGGUGCACAUGGAUCACAGAUCCUUGGGAACCAAAUGAAAUAUGGAUCACUUAAUUUGAAGAUGAAGUUCGUUUGUGGUCAGUGCUGGAGAAAUGGCCAAGUUAAUGAGCCAGACAGAAACAAAAAAUACUGUAGUGCAAAGGCAAGACACCCAUGGACCAAAGAUCGCCGUGUGGUGCUAGUGAUGUCUAAUGAACGCAAGAAGUGGAUGACCAUUCGUCCUCUUCCCGCAAAGAAACAAGUGCCUCUGCAAUUUGAUUUGUGCAAUCAUAUUGCUUCAGGCAAGAAAUGUCAGUAUGAUGGAAACUGCUCAUUUGCUCACAGUCCUGAGGAAAGAGAGAUGUGGACUUACAUGAAGGAGAAUAGCAUUCAAGACUUGGAGCAGUUGUAUGAUAUAUGGCUAAAAAGUCAGAAACCAGAAAAAGGAGAUGAUACAACUGCUCAGGCAAACAAAGAAAAUGGGAAGCAAAUUCACAUGCCGACUGACUAUGCUGAAGUUACAGUGGAUUUUCACUGUUGGAUGUGUGGGAAGAACUGUAAUAGUGAGAAGCAAUGGCAGGGUCACAUUUCUUCUGAAAAGCAUAAAGAGAAGGUUUUCCACACUGAGGACGAUCAAAACUGCUGGCAGUAUCGCUUUCCAACUGGAUAUUUUAGCAUUUGUGAUAGAUAUAUGGCUGGUACUUGCACUGAAGGAAACAACUGUAAAUUUGCCCAUGGAAAUGCUGAACUCCAUGAGUGGGAAGAACGAAGACAAGUUUUAAGAAUGAAGCUCAGCAAAGCGAGAAAAGACCACUUGAUUGCUCCCAGUGAUAAUGACUUUGGAAAAUAUAGUUUUUUGUUUAAAGAUUUAAACUAAUACUGAGAAUGACACAUACACGUUAUCAGCUGGAAGCAUAAACCAGAAAAUUUGACAAUAAUCAAAAGCAUGUGACAGAAAAGCUGCAGGUUUUCUGCUUUUAUUGGCAUAUAUUGUUCCUCCUGAACGGCAAAAUAUAGUAGAUUUAGGGGGAUUGAGCAGACCUGUCUAUGCUCUCAUGAAACAGAGUGGUGAUUAAAAAAAUCUGAAGUAUUAUGUGCUUACUCACCUUCUGUUGGACAGAAAGUUAGGAAAUAGAAAGGGGGAAGAGAGGUUAUAAUAUCUAGGAAGCCCCCUAGUAUCAGUCCUUCAGUUGAAAAACUUUAAGGUAUCAAGGUAUUACAAAACAGAGUGUUACGGGCUAAGAAGAAAAUGAUGGAUGAAAAUUCUUCAGAUCUUUUAACGGAGAGGAUUUGUUUAAAACAAAAGUUUGCUACUUAUCUAUAUGUAGGUUGCUAAAAAGGAUUUUCUUAUUAAAGAUUUUAAACAAAAUAACCAUUUAACUACAAUAUAUGUUGAAUGGGUAUUUUUUCUCUAUUUGUAUGUUUCAAUAUAAUUUACUGAAAAAGGAUCUUGGGAGGAAAAGUAUUAAUUUUUGAAAAUGAAGUAGUUAAAAUUCUGUUUCUUGGUCUUUGCUGUUUAAAUGAUGAUUUUGAAAGAUUACACUUGUAUGUCAGUAUUGUGUAUUAUUGUAUGGACUAAUGUUGCCUGUAAUAAAGAGAACUUUACACAAAGCUGUUU